AUGCCGGGUCAGAAGUGGGUAAGAAACUUCUUGAAACGCCACAAAAAUGUCCUGACGGUGCGUUCUACAAAUAAUAUUAAAGAAUCCCGAGCCAGUAAGAGUGUAAAGGACUACAAUACAUAUUUUGAAAAUUUGAAGAUUUCAUUGCAUAAUGUCAAACCAGAUCAUAUAGUGAACUAUGAUGAGACCAACUUUUCCGAUAACCCAGGAUCUCAAAAAUGCAUAUUUAAAGCAGGUACUAAAUACCCAAACAAAACACUAAACAAUACCAAGACGGCGAUAUCUGUUAUGUUCUCAGCUACGGCAAGUGGAGAAAUUUUCCCACCAUAUGUCGUAUACAAAGCAGACAAUUUGUGGACAAAUUGGUGUGCAAACGGGCCUGAAGGAACCAGAUACAACAAAACCAAAUCUGGUUGGUUCGAUUCGUAUACAUUUGAAGACUGGUUUAAUACCAUAAUUAUCCCAUGGGCAGUGAAAACCACUGAUCCUAAGAUGCAACAAAAAUUACACCCCAUUAAUCCAGAAGCUAUAUUAAAGAAAUUGCCAGAUUAUCGUAGGCCACAAGCAAACAUUACUUACGAUGAGACUUUUGUCAAUUAUUUGAAAGGUUUAAGAAACCCGGCGAACCGGAAAAUAAGAAAUACAAAUAAAAAAAUAUUUAUAGAGCCUGGAAAAUCAGUAACUGUUACCGAUCUCGUAAAUGAAAAAACUCAAAAACGAAAAGCACCAGCUACAACUCUUAGUAACGCAAAAAGACUCAAUCCUAAGGAGAAUAUCAUCCCCAAAGAAAUCCAAUUACAGGAAGACGUGAAAGAAACACAUUCAACUAUUGCAGAUUCUUUGAUUAUAUAUAAUCAAAGUGUGGGUUAUACUUUUGACAAUGUCUCAUUACACGUUAGACGAGAUUCGUCAUCCGAUGCUGACAAUAACCAACUUAUGACUAAUUUGAUAGUAAAUGCUGAAAUACAUCAAAAACAUGCAGAUAUGGAAUUAUCUGACCAGAAAAAUACCAAAAGUAUUUACAACGUUCAACCAGGCGUUAUUGUGAAUGUUGAUAAAAAUUUAUUUUUAUCAAAUGACCGGACUUUAUUCAAAAAUAUUUCUAACUUUGGUGCAACUACAUCAAAUGAAACUAUGACGAAAAGCCGAAUUCUCUCCAAUGUAAUUAUAAAAUCCCCAGAUAGAAUCUCAUUUGAUGAUAGUGUUUCAGAUGACUAUACUAAGCAGGAAAAGGUGUUUCCAAAAAGUAGGAGCAAUCAAGGUUCGAGUUCAGAAAGCUCAGGAAUGUAUACUGUGCAUGAUUCGUCUUGUGAUGAACAUUUUCUUCCAUCUUUCAGUGACACGGAAACGUACAUAGACGAAAUGUAUGAAGAAUUGGAACAAAAUAAUGAUAAAGAAAAUGAUAUGUAUGAAAUAGGUAUUGAUAAAUAUGUUCUUGUUAAAUUUUCAACAUCAAAGUUGGCUAAAUACUAUAUUGGUCUAGUAAUCAAGUACAACGAUUUGGAGCGCGUAUAUACUAUAAAAUACUUAAGAAAAAAUUCAAAAGGUACAUUUUACUGGCAACUAGUAGAUGAUGUCUCAGAAAUAACUUUACUUGAUGUAGAAAAAACGUUGCCAAAUCCACAAGUUGGACGUAGAGGGACAUUAAAGUUUGAUUUAGAUAAUUUAGGUGUUCCUUUGUCAAACAUUUAUUGA